GGGGGGGGGGGGUGUUUGAAUGCCUGCAUAGCUCAGACAAGCUCUGGCCGCUCUCAUCCUGCUCAGCCUCCAUUUUAGUGUCUGUUUUUGUCAGCGCAGGAGUCCCAGCCCCUUCCUGGCACUGGUGCUGUCGCCCAGGGAGGUGCUGGACACGGAGCCAGCCCCGGUUCCCGGCACCGCUCCCGAGCAGCAGCGCUGCAGGAAGGAACUGGGGUGGGGGCCAGCAGUGCUGGGGGCCAGGUUCCCCCCUCCUCCAGGGACAGAGCACCCUGGCCUGCGUGUCCCAGGCCGAAUGCCGUGACUUUGUCGCUGCUGGGGCUUCCUGAGUCCCUGCAAGCAGCCUGGGCUGGGCUGUGCCCCAGCUCUUCAUCCAUGCUGGGUGCCAGAGAGAUGGGGGGAGCUGGGGGGUCCCUAGGGAGCACUGGGGGCUUUCUGUGACCCCGCUCCAGGGGGCUGGCAGCCCAGCUCGGGGUACAGCAUAUCUUUUCCCUGCUGGCUGCUGCAAUGCCACGUUUGCAGUCCCCUGGGCAGGUGCUGGGGGGGUGGGGGUUCCCCCUGUGGGAGCACUCAGCCCUCGGGAAGGGGAGAGGGCAGUGAUAAAAAUAACGCCUGGGCUGGCUCCAGCCCCUUGUGGUGGCUUCCUGCGAUUUACAGCCCUUCCCGGGGGGAAGAAGCAGGAACAGGCCCAGUGCGGGGCUGGCUUUGACCCUUUCGCCACCAGCAGGGAAGGUGCCAGAAGGACCCUUCCUCCCUCAUCCCUUGCCAGCUGGGGCAGGAUCCUGGGGAAGGGGAUCGUGGUGGGCUCCUGCUCCUGAGCUGCACCCAGUGUCUCAGGGUGGACAUAGAAGGAGAAGCUGCUAGAGUGAGCAUGGUUUCCCUGUCCCAUUCCUGAUGCCUCCUGUGCUGGGGGGACAGAGAGACUCAGUCCUGUGUGGGAAGAGGCAGAGAUCUCUGCUGCGGAUCCCGAAAUCAGGCUCCCCUAAGGAGGUGGUGGGAGGAGAAGAGCGGGCAGGAUGCUGGCUGGGCAGGAGCAGGACUCCAGGGUGUGAAGGCUGGGGCACGGGGGCAUGCUGGCGGGGUGGGCUCCUGCUGAUGGGGCUGGGCUGGCAGGGGUUAAUGGGGUGGCUCUUCCUCAUCCUCUAUAAGAGGCUCCUGCCGGCUCUGGGCUCAGUUUGCUGCCAGCAACCAGAGGGGCAGAGGCUGAGUGAGACAGAGCAUCCCUACAUCCCAUCCCUGUAUCCCAUCCCUGCAUCCCUGUGAGGGCUCAGGGACGAAUCCAGGAGCUUCGGGAGCCUCCCCAGCCGCAGCACAGAACCCCCCCCAGCUGCUCAGCGGGGACCAGAGCGCCCAGGCGUGCCAUUUCGGGGCUGGGGGGUGAUGGUGCCCCUGGGCAGUCCCCCUCUUGCCAUCUGCACCUCCAGCAACCUGCGCCUUGUGGCCCCCAGCCACGGCUCCCCCCUGGCCUGGCUGAACCGUGGCCCUGAGUGCCCGCGGGAGCCGGGGGGCGGCGGGGGCCGCACACCCAGUGCCGUGGAGCGGCUGGAGGCUGACAAAGCCAAAUACGUCAAAUCCCAACAAGUCAUCAACAGCCGGCAGGAGCCGGCGCUGCGGGGCAGCUCGCCCCGGCUCUCCCCGCGUGGCCGGCGCCUCCUCGCCUACCAGCAGUGUAACGAGCUGUGCCAGGGCUCAGAGCUGAGCCGGGAGGGUCCCAGGAAGCUGCCGUGCCCCCAGUCCCCCGUGGCACGCCGGGCCGGUGGCAGGCGCCUGCUGAGGCCCGACUCCCUCAUCAUCUACCGGCAGAAACGGGAUUGCCCAGGCACGGACAAGGAGAAUGCCAAGGGCUCCGGGCUGGUGCGACGCCUCUUCCAGGGACCCCUCAGAGACAAGCCCUCCAGCUCUCCCCCAGCCAAGGGGCUGGGCGAGGGGCCACCAGCCCCCCAGAACCAUGAGACCCCCAUGCUGUGGGUGCCUGCGGAGAAGGAGAAGGCGAGGACGCCGAGUGCCGGCAGUGACGGUGGCGGUGGUGGCAUCUUCCCUCUGCCAGGCAGCCCCAUGGCGCAGCCCCCCCAGCCCCCCGGCAAGCCGGCGCUGGCUCUGCGCAUCUCCCUGCCACUCUCAGAGCAGGAGCGGUUCUUCAAUUACUGCGGGCUGGACCGGGCGCUGGUAGAGCUGCUGGGCCAGGAGCGGUUCGGGCCGGCGGGCUGGGAUAACGCCUCGGCUCGGCCCCCCGGCUCCUGUGAGUCGGAGCCUGGGCAGGCCUCGGGGGGCAGCGAGGGGGAUGCGGGGCCGGGCGAGGAGGAGCCAGACAGCCGGCUGGGCUCUGCCGUCUCGGUGGUGGAGCGCAACGCCCGUGUCAUCAAGUGGCUCUACGGCUGCCAGAGAGCCUGGGCAGCUGCCAAGGAGUCCACCGUCUGAGCAAAGACAGCCUGGCGGGGGAUGAAGCCGCCCGUGUAGCUCCCACUGGCUGGAUGUGGCCCCUCGCCCUCGCGGGAGGUGGUCGACAGGCUGGUGGCAUUCACAGUCCUGGUGCUAUGGGGCUGCUGCUGGCUGGGAGGGCCACCAGGUCUACCCCAGAGCCAGGGCGGGGGCACCUGAGGAAGGGGCUCCCCAGGGUGUGUCACCCCUUGCCCCCAGGGCUGGCAGGCUGCUGCCCCAGUUCUGUGACCCGUCUUCAUCCUCCCUGUCUCCAGCCCAGGGUGGUGGGAUGGGCCUGCAGCCCCUAUCAGCUGCAGGCUAGGGGGAGUAGGGGCAAAGCCUGAGCCCCCCACCCCCAUUGCGGACAGUGCCCACCCCACAGCCCCCUCCUCCCUAGAAAAGGGGCUGCUGGGGUCAGAGCAGUGCUCAAUAAACCUGGUUUUGUUGGUUUUUUUCUAA